AUGGCGAAACGAGUACUCUUCCUUGCGCCGCUAUUGGCCAUCGGUUACGCGGCGUACCAGAAGCCGGCACAAGACGAUUAUGAGGAUUACGGUGGCGGUGGAUACGGAGGGCCAAUUCAGAGGAAUCCAGUACAGCCUCAAUACCAGCCUGCCGCUCCCGUUCAACCCCAGUACCGGCCCCCCGCCGCAGUUCAACCCCAGUACCGGCCUCCCGCCCCAGUUCAACCAGAGUACCGGCCCCCCGCCCCAGUUCAGCCCGAGUACCGCCCCCCCGCUCCAGUUCAACCCGAGUACCGGCCUCCUGCCCGCGCUCCUCAGGGUGGCGGCGGAGGAGGAGGAGGGGGCAGUAAUGAUUACAAUGACCCGGGAUACGACGUAGCCGACGAGUGGAAACCGUACUCGUUCUCCUAUUCUGCGCAAGAUACCGACGGAAGCCACUCCCAUCAGCAGCAAGCUGAUUCCAGGAACAGAGUCACGGGGCAGUACUCGAUCAUGAUGGCCGACGGCCGCAUGCGUAUCGUGAAAUACGUUGCCGACGAGAACGGCUUCCGAGCCCAGAUCGUCACGAACGAGCAGGGAACCGAAUCGAAGAAUCCCGCCGAUGUCACGAUCCAGUCCUCGGCGCAGACGGGUGAAGAAGCCGCGAAACAAUACGGGAACUCGUACAGCAACAGUCGCUACGACAACUACGCGGCGGGUCCGGACAGCAGGCCUUACGCGGCUGGUCCCGAAGUCAGGCCACCACCUUACGCCGCUGGACCCGCGAGCAGGCCGGCACCUUACGCGAGUGGCGUUUCAGGGCUCCCUGCACCCGUCCCAGCUCCAUCUAUUCCCCCUCCGCCCCCGACUCGGGCACAGAGCUUCUCGAACUCGCAAAACUAUGCGAAACAGGACACGCAGAGUUAUUCACACCACAACAACCAGGAUUAUUCCCAAGGACAUUCGGAUUACCCAUCCACAGGAUAUUCGUCAUCGAGAGGUCUGAGCCAGGGUUACACCCAUCAAAGCAAAAACAACAACCAUCACUCAGCUGCCGCUCCAUACCCAAGACAGCCGGGAGGUAGCUACAGUAACGAUAUACCGGAUCUCGAGGACCACGAGGAUGGCGGUUACUAUUCCGGAACUGGAUCGCGGAACGGUGGUCGUAGCCCGCCUUCGUACGGACGAUGA